AUGCUUGCUGAUUCUUUGAAACUCGAUGUAGAACCCGUUAAUUUUGACAACGCUGUAGGAUCGCUUGACUGGGGUACGCUACAGAAUGGAUCUUGGAUAGGAGUACUGAGCUACCUAGCUGAUAAUAAGAGUGAUACCGCUUGCUUGUUCUACCAAAGAACAGACUUACGAGAACAAUACUUCGAAUUGUCAUAUCCAAUCACUAAUGUCCAACCGGUGUAUGUGGUCAGAAAACAAAAGACGACUAUUGGAUCCGUUUUAUGGAAUGCGUUCAAGCCUUAUUCUUACAGUACCUGGUUAGGAAUAGUCGGCAAUGGCAUGCUCUUCUUGUUUGCCCUCUUACAAUCUGCCUUCUUCACCUAUCUCUACGAGGGCCUUCUCCUAUCUGCUCUCAUUCAGCAGACUGACCAAAACCCGUUCAAAGAUGCUGACGAAAUGAUUGAUCUGAUUGCUCAGAAAAAGUAUCAUCUCGUCACAAAUUAUAGAGGAAACUGGUAUUUCGACGAGCUCGAUCAUUCAAACAGUUCUCAUUUUGCUAAACUUCGAGCGGCAACAUCAUCGAAUCCCGUUGAAGUAACGAAAAGUGUGUCAGAUGCGCUGGACUUGGUAGAAAAGGGAAAUUACAUUUAUCCCAUACAAGAAGAUAGUUUGGCAAUGCAAAGAAGCAAAGAACGCUGCAAUUUUGUAUACGUUAGCAAAGGUCUCCCACAGCGAUCCGCUCAUCUUGUUUUCCCAAAUAACAGCAUGUUCCUCGAGAAAUUCAACAACGCUAUCAUAACACAGUCGCAGUUCAUACAAAGAACUUUUUCAAAAUAUUUCUUGCAAGGAUUCAAAAUAGCAGACAUACCAAAAUGUCCCGCGACUGAAUUUGAAGAAGGAUCCAAACCACUCGGUGUACAAAGUGUGAUCGGAAUUUUUGCACUUGGAGCGCUGGGCAUGUCUUCUGCUCUGGUUGCCUUUGUAGCCGAGGUGAGUAGAAACUGUAUGUGUGCAAUUGCACACAACAUGCUCACCACGGACAAAUCGUGA